GACUCUUCGGAGGCGUUUAAUUUUUGCCGGUAUGAAAGUGAUAAUUUUAUUCGUGGUUCUCUAUCAGCGUUAUGGCGCCAACAGCGUACCGGAAGUGAAUUUACCUGAACUGGGUAUCCUGCGUGGGUCCCAGACCGUGAGUGCUUUUAGUCGACGUUCUAUCUAUCAGUUUUUGAGCAUUCCGUAUGGAGAAACAACGGCCGGAGAGUACCGGUUUCGGGCUCCACGGAAGGCGCUUCCUUGGCGGGGGGUACGCAAUGUUUCGCACUUUGGAUUACCAUGUCCGCAGCUGACAACGGUGUCUUUGAAUUCGUCGCAAAGUUCGGUGCAAGAUUUGGAGGAUUGUUUGACUCUUUCCGUGUUUACUGGUGAUCUCUCAAGCAGAAAUCCAGUAAUGGUGUUUCUUCAAGGCCGAAGUGCCAGCAGAGACGGUGGUACAGUUCAGACUGGAGAAUUCUUGCUGGAGAAGGAAAUAGUUCUGGUAGUCGUCCAGUAUCGCUUUGGACCGUUUGGAUUUUUGGCGUUGAAAACUGAGGGGAUGCCCGGCAAUGUGGGUCUGCUGGAUAUUAAACUCGCCCUCGAAUGGGUGCAAAGUAAUAUUCGGAAGUUCGGUGGCGAUGAUGAAAAUGUUACAUUGUUUGGCCAGUCUGCCGGAGCGGCUGCCGUCUCGGCACUGUUGUACAGUCCUCUAGUUCCCGACGGUUUGUUCCAUAAGGUGAUCUUACAAUCUGGAGCUUCAAGUUCUCCGUGGGUUUGGGACAUGGAUCCGGUCGGUAAUACGCUCAAAAUUGCCACGAUUACUGGUUGUUCAACAAGCGCUGAACACAGUGAGAAGAACUUCGAGGCAGUUCAAGAAUGUCUUCGUGGGAUUGACGCAGGGCGUCUGUUGAGUAGUUUCGUUGCACACAAAAUGAAAACUACAAAAAAUAAGGGCCUGCGACAGGUUGGUGGAAAUCGGUUUAUUGUUCAGGAUUAUUACGGACUCAUUCCGCGUGUACCGCUGGAAGCAGGAAACCCUCGUCGAGGUCUCCCGAUGAUGGCUGGAGUGGUCGAGCAUGAGGGAACCUUUUUGUUAACAUCUAUUUACGACGCACUAAUGGGAAGUGGUUUGCUGGCGAAUCGAACCUUUGUCAAGCAUAGAUUGUUGGAUAGAAUCAAUCAAAUUCUUGGUAUCGAUGAUCCAACCGGAGUCUUGGUGGGGUAUCAAAUUAGUACAUUGUUCAGUAUGGAUCAAUUGGAAAGUGGUGAUUUCGACAGACUGAAGGAUGGUCUUAUUGACAUGAUAGGAACAGCUACCGUUAAAGCCCCGCUUCUGCGGGAAGCUCAAGUCAAUAGUUUGGCUAACCCAAGUGGAACUUUCCUGUACACGUUCGACUAUUCAGGAGACCAAACUCGCUUCGGAUACGGUGCUGACACAUCGCACUACCCUUUUCGUGGUGGAGUUCACCAUUCUGAUGAUUUGCUGUACUUGUUUCCGUUCCCUCCAGGGAAACCUGGGUUGAGCGAGAAGGAUGCGGAAAUUUCCCACAUGAUGGUAGAUCUGUGGACCAGUUUCUGCGCCACUGGAGUUCCCAGUAGUGAGGCGAAUGGCGUUGUUUGGAAACCGAUGACUGACUACGCCGGUCCAUACCUUCGCAUCAGCCAGAACCCACAUCAUGGGACCAAUUUCUACCAGGAAUUCUCCGCAGUAAGCAGGAAGGAGGAGCGGAAAUCGCCAAAGGCAAAAAUAAAUGAGCCAAACCAGAACCCACAAUCCGUCGUUCCGGAAAUUCUAAUCAUUCAAAAUCCUAAUUAGCGUGCAAACAAAAUAACACGUCUCUUGAGGUUGUUUCUUUUCACUAUUUUUUUUUCUUGGUAUUUCAUACAAUAAACAGGACUUUCACACAAUCCCUAAGAGGGGCUUAAAA